CUCCAACCAUCUCAGAAAAUCGAAGCUUGUUUUGCCAGCCUCCCCCACUCCGGUCCAGUGACACUGUAGUACUUGUGAGCAGCUUUUCGUCGACAUUCUCGGUCCGCAUUUCGCGGUGGCCUUCGAUUAGCUGAUCCCGUCUGUUACUGAGUUUUCUAGUGUUUGACGGGAGUCGCUCGUGUUCGCUACUUCUGUACGGUUUUCCUUCCACUUGUAGCAUGAGUGCAUCUGCGUCAGCCGUCCUAGACGAGCCAGCGUGGCUCGGUAAUCCGUGUUCCUGUGGCAAGGAAGCGGAUCACCAGAAGCAAUGUCAGGAAUGCAAGGCUCAAAAUGCGCCAGAAGCAGCGACCGCAGCUGAGAGCAAUCAGUCCGGCACUCGCCCUGAACAGGUCAACAAAGAUUCUCCUUGCCCUCGGCUUAUCAACGGGGAGUCUUCCGCUGCUGCGGGGGAGACCGUAUCUAUCUGCGAGUCCGAGGCGCACUCUAGUACGGACAUGGCGGGGGGAAUGCGGAUGGCAGCUGCAGCGGAAGACCUCGCCGCAGCUGCUGGGGGGGUGGAGGAUGUUGCGCAGAGAGCGGGGAGUAAGGCGGCUGGGGAGAGCGCGGUUAGCGCAGAAGCAGCGGACGCGUUUCCGGCAGAUGUUACACCGGGCUCCGUCGCUUCUGCUGCUGCUGUCGCCGCGGCAUUGGCAGCAGCAGCAUCCACCACAACAACCGACGACGCGCCUGCCGCCGUCCCCACCACUACUGCCGAUAACCCAGCCUCGUCCGACGGCAAACCGCCCACGUCCGGCUCCUCCACUUCCGCUUCCGCGUCUGCUUCCGCCGCUUCCGCGGCGUCGAGCAGUUCGCGCGCGCCCGGCUCGUCAGGCACCUCUCGACCGAACUCGCGACCGUCGUCGCGGCCUGGUUCGCGACCGUCGUCGCGCCCGUCGUCGCGAUCGUCGUCGCCGGCUCCGGACGAGCCCGUGGUGUGCCGCGUGGCGUGCAUGUCGUGGGCGGGGCAGCAGGACGGGUUUCAUAAGACGAACCAAGACGCGUACUGUUUCAUGCGCACGAAAGAUAAAAAGUCGCUCAUCUUUGGCGUGUUUGAUGGCCACGGGCCUCAAGGGCAUGACGUGUCCAAGUUUAUCAAGGACCGGCUUCCAGAGAUGCUAAUGGACGGCACAGAUCUUCUCACGGACCCAGAGAAGGCCCUAUCAGAUGGGUUUCUGGCAGUUCACAGUGCAGCCCUGGAGGAGACCUCCUUCGAUUGCAACAUAAGCGGCACCACAGCGGUGGUCGCUCAUCUAUACAAGCAGCGGCUGGCCGUGGCGUGGGUGGGCGACUCAAGAGCCGUGCUGGCCAGGAGACGAGAGGGAGGAGAGCGCGAUGAUCUGAUGGCAGUGCGCCUAUCAGCCGACCACAAGCCGGACAAUGAGCAGGAGAGGGCGCGGAUAGAGGCCAGUGAAGGCAGCGUGCAGCAGGAUGUGGACGAGAAUGGGGAUGACGUUGGCCCGUUCAGAGUGUGGAUGAAGACAGGGCCCAUGCUGGGACUUGCCAUGAGUCGCAGCCUUGGAGACAAGCUGGCACAUACCGUUGGCGUUUCUGCCACUCCCGAGGUUGUGGUGCGUCGUCUCGACCAAUCAGACGCCUUCCUGGUGCUGGGGUCAGACGGGUUGUGGGAGUGGGUGGCGGACGAGGAGGCGGUGCAGGUCGUGGUGGGGGCGGGGAGCAUCGAGGCGGGCGUGAAGGGGCUGCUGGGAAUGGCGAAGGAGAGGUGGCUGUCGAGAGACGGGGCGGGGUAUGUGGAUGAUAUCACCGCGCUGGUGGUGGGGUUCACGCAUAGAAAGGUGUAAGGAGGGGGAAGGGGGGGGGGGGGGAGAGAAAGGGGGAAGGAGGGAGAAUGGGAUGUGUUUUGCGCCUCAAGAAAAGAAGCUGCUGGGAAUGGCCGAGGAGCAGUGGCUGUCGAGGGAUGGGGCGGGGUAUGUGGAUGAUAUCACCGCGCUGGUGGUGGGGUUCACGCAUAGAAAGGUGUAAGGAGGGGGAAGGGGGUGGGGGGGAAGGGAAAGUGGGAAGGAGGGAGAAUGGAACGUGUUUUGCGCCUCAAGAAAAGAAGCUGCUGGGAAUGGCCGAGGAGCGGUGGCUGUCGAGGGAUGGGGCGGGGUAUCACUGCGCUGGUGGUGGGGUUCACACAUAGGAAGGUGUGAGGAGCAGGGAAAGAGAGUGAGAUAGUGAGUGCGUGUGGGUUUAUGCACAGGAAGGUGUAAGGAGGGGGAGGGAGGAAGAGAAUGAAAGAGUGUUUGUGGAAUAGGGUCUGGCUGUGGGACGGCCUGUGGGAGUGGGUGGGGACAAGGAUGCAGUGCAGGUGGUGGCGGGUGUUGACGACAUCACUGCAGGAAGAAGGUAGUGCAGAGAGAGACGGGGGCAGAGUUGGUGAGGGGACAUGGAGAGAAAAGCCACCGGUUUGGUGCAUGUGGGAUGGGAUACAGUCCAGUCCACCUUGUGCCUCUCACAGUGCCUUUCCUGUCGCACACCAAGACAAGCAGCUGGCACAUGCACUUGGUGCGAGUGGCUUGCGCAUGUUGUGCAAUGACUUCCACUGCGACGGCCCCCCCGCAACGACAGCCAAUCGCCCACCUAGUACUCGCAUGGCCUGUGGGCAGGUUACAUGCUGUGGCUGCGGCCUGCACGGCCCCUGUGGUGUGGUGCCUCUCCAUAGGACUCUCCAUCUGGCGGUCCGCUUUUGAGCCUUGUGAAAAAACAGAGUCCAAACCCGGCUGCAUGGCUGCGGUCUGUGCGGCAUCUGUGGUGCGGUGCCUCCCGGGAGGAGCCUCCACCUGCCGGCCCGCCCUUGAGCCUUGUGGCUGGGGCAACGGGUGUGCCUUUUCCACGCUCCAGCUGCAGAGUAUUUAUUGACUAUCCUAGUAUUUAUUAACACGUGUUGGACUAGGAUAGGGAAGGCAUUUGACUCGUAUGCAGUCAAGGUGCAGAGUAGGGUAGUAAAAUGAUUUUGUUCCCUAGCUUGGAAUUCAGUUGUAGCACCAUUGAGUUUGGGAAGCUGUGUCAUGAGCAGGGCUGUAUCAGAAUUAGAAAAGUGUGUUGUUGAUA